AUGAUGAAAGAGGAAGUAUUUGCUAAUUAUGUCAUACGUACAUUGUCAGUUGAACCUGCUCCUGACCAGCUUCAUUAUAUUAAGGUGUGUAUAUUGUAGGUAUAUACUGAAGAUACUGGCUUUAAAUCUAACAUGGGUCAAGUGUUUCCAGAUAUUGUACAUGUCAAUACAGUAAAACCCCGCAUAUAUAAGAACCUAGAAUUUAAGAUUAAGAGGAGAUUUUUUUGUAUGUUACGUAACACGCGCUCAAAACUAAUGCGUAUAAUAUAUCACUUGAGGUUAUGACUAAAUUCAAAAUUUUUAUUUUUCGAUACGUUUCUCAAUCGGCAAACAAACUUAAAAAGUAUGUUUAGUGCUUUAUCUGUAAAAUAAGGCUAAAACGAAGAGAUUUUAGAUGGUACGCCAAAGAGAAAAUGAUGUCUGAACUUCAGUAAGUUUUGCUUAUAUGACUGUAAAUAUGGCGUCAAUUUUAAAACAUCAUUGAUAAUUGUUUUUUAAUUGACCAUUUUUGAACUAUUAUUUUAUGUUUCUCAACCAGCAGACGCAUUUAAAAAUGUAGCUAACUGUAUAGACUAGAGAAUAAAGCUAAAACAAAGUAAUUUUGAGAGGAACGCCAAGAAGAUUUUAGGUUUUGAACACUUUUCAUUGCAAAUACGUGACAUUGAAAAAAAUUGCCUGUUAACCUGUUAACCAAACAUUUUUAUUUAGACCCCUUGAAAUAAGAACCUGUUUAGGUUAGAAUUUCAAAGCAGGUUCUUAUUUUAUCAAAUAGAGUCAAAACUAAAAAUUGUAAAUCAAAGAAAAUACGCUUUUCACAAAGUACCUGGAAACGUCAUUCAGAUAAAUAACAUGUGUAUAUGAACACGACAACAAAUAAUUGUAUUUCGAUCUUCAGUGAAAAUACUACAUGACAAUCUCAACUUCUCAACUUGAAAAUACUACAUGACAAUCUCAACUUCUCAACUUGAAAAUACUACAUGACAAUCUCAACUUGAAAAUACUACAUGACAAUCUCAACUUCUAGUGAGAUUGUGAUACCAGUAAAAUUUUAAAUUAAUAUUUCAACUCCGAUUCUGCCACUCCACAUUCUGAUUAGAAACCACUUCUAAUAUUCUUAAGAGGUAAUUAAAAUACUUAGAAGUUAAUUAGAUUACUUCCUUAUUCCAGAUCAAAAGUGAAAGUGAGCCUCGUGUUAUUCAACAGUUUCAGUUUACAGAAUGGCCAGAUCAUGACGUCCCUGUCCACCAGAUUGCGCUCUUGCGGUUUAUACGUCAUUCAAAAUCUGCCAAUCCCCCUGAUGCUGGACCUCCCGUCGUUCAUUGCAGGUUUGUGAGUUUGUCUUUUGCUCAAAGGCCACUUUUCAAUACUGGAAUUAUACUAAUAUUGGAUAGUGCUUUUCACGCAAUUUGAUUGGUUGCUCAGAUCCGGAUAUCUUUCUACUAUUCACUUCCGGACAAAAACAAAAUGUCCUCUUUUACUAAACGAAACUGCGGUUACGCCAACAAUUUUUCCAAGAUGACCACAUGAAUAUAUUUUGGUUGCAGUGCUGGUGUGGGUCGUUCUGGUGUGUACAUGGUCAUAGAUAGCAUGAUGGACAGGAUUGAAGAUGACAAUUCUGUGGAUGUCUUCAACUUUCUAAAUCACAUUCGCACACAGAGAAUUGCACUUGUUCAAGAAGAAGUAAGUAAGAAACAAGUGACUCGGUUGUUUAUUCUUGUGGGAAGUUUUUUGUCGAUCGACAUUUCCAGGGAUGGAUCCAGCAUGAUCUGGUAGAGGGAGGGAGGGGUACUCUGCCAGCUCGGUCAUGUGCGCCGCCCGCCCAUCAACUUGCUUGACUACUGUAAAGUCUUGCUUGACUACUGUAAAGUCUUGCUUGACCACUGUAAAGUGUUGCUUGACUACUGUAAAGUCUUGCUUGACUACUGUAAAGUCUUGCUUGACUACUGUAAAGUCUUGCUUGACUACUGUAAAGUCUUGCUUGACUACUGUAAAGUCUUGCUUGACUACUGUAAAGUCUUGCUUGACUACUGUAAAGUCUUGCUUGACUACUGUAAAGUCUUGCUUGACUACUGUAUAUAAAGUCUUGCUUGACUACUGUAAAGUCUUGCUUGACUACUGUAAAGUCUUGCUUGACUACUGUAAAGUCUUGCUUGACUACUGUAAAGUCUUGCUUGACUACUGUAAAGUCUUGCUUGACUACUUUUUACUACUAAUUUUUGCUCACAGUUCGAUUAUCAUCAUGUUAUUACUCAGUUUCACGUAAGCAUACCAGUGAUGAUCGAACUAAAAAUUUUUCGCAACUGUUCCUGGCCAAUUAGGUGUAACAAAUUGCGAGUUUUAAGAUUACCUCACUUAGGUCUAAAUGCAUUCAUUUCCUUUCAUUUCAGAGUCAGUAUAUAUUCGUUCAUGACUGCAUAUUGGAACACAUAAACUUCGGAGAUACAAACAUACCAAUCAGAGAAUUUCAUAAACGUCUCCAGUCAUUGCGCGCGGUCAGGUCUGAUGCUAAAAAAAGUCGAUUAAAAGAAGAAUUUGAGGUAGGCAUGAAACAACUUAAUUUAUUCAGGUCUUGCAGUCACGCGAGAAUAUUGCGUCAUGCUAAGAAGUCACGUAAUUUUGACAUAAUCAGUCAGCUCUAUAUAUGUGGAAAUCAUUCGACCGAUGGCUGAAAUGACAUCCAAUAAGAGUGUUUGCACUCAUUCCCCAGGGACUAACUCAACAAAAGCCGUGGCGGCCAUGUUGGUGUUCCAGACAAAAAGAGUCUAAUUAAAAUUCUUUUGAAUUGGAACACCAACAUGGCGGCUGUGACGUGUCGCAAACAGUUUUAAUACCACCCCAGCUAAUUCUAUUUUUUUCUAACGGACCGUAUUGCUAAACAAGUUUUCAGUUCAUAAAACCAUAGUGAUAUUUCUUUAAAUCGAUGUCAAAAUACGAAAUUUCGGCUCCUUCCAGUGUUAACCGCGCACACAAAAACAAUAGAAAGGGACUGGAACUGACUUCAAUAACUUCCGGUAGUUGUAUCCCUCUUUAUCCACAGCUGUCCUGUUAUGUACCCUUUCAGGAUAUAAACCGCACUAAACAUCCUGAAAAACACAAAUGGGCUGGAAAGAAAACUUGCAAUGUUGGUAAAAACAGACGAAAAGACAUUUUGCCUGGUAAGUGGGCGUUUUUUAAUUAAGUUAAAAAUUCUUUUCAUCCAGUGAUUUGAAAAAUUGUUGCAUUGUUGUUUUUUCCAGUUGAAAGAACGAGAGUGAAGUUGCCACUCGUUCUUGGAAUUGACGGAGCGGAUUACAUCAACGCUAGUUUCAUUGAUGUAAGUAAUUAUCUUUUUACUUGAUUGGCAUUUUAUUUAAUAUACUGCAUGCAUAGCUUUGUUAGUUUUAUUUUAUUUAAAACGUUCUGGGUGUUCUCCCGUGUGGUCUAGUGGACUAGCGUAAUACGUCAGGAAGAAACGUGAACUGAACCAAUUUUAUUUAUACUGGAUAGCUCUACCAGCUCUAAACUGUUCUGAAUACUCUCCCUUCUCACCCUCGAUGUUCAGUAUGGGAAGUCUCUUAUUAAUCCUUGUGUUGUUUCAGUAGGAAUCCUAAACUGAAAACAAUUUUAUUGAUACUGGAUAGCUCUAUCAGCUCUAAACUGUUCUGAAUGCUCUCCCUUCUACAGUAACCUUUGAUGUUCAGUAUGGGAAGUCUCUUAUUAAUCCUUGUGUUGUUUCAGUAGGAAUCCUAAACUGAAAACAAUUUUAUUGAUACUGGAUAGCUGUAUCAGCUCUAAACUGUUCUGAGUAUUCUCCCUUGAUGUCCAGUAUGGGGAGUCUUUUAUCAAUGCCAGUAUUACUUCUGGAGGAAACCUAAACUAAAACCAAUUUUAUUGAUACUGGAUAGCUUUAAACUUCAAGACGUCCAGUAAAGAUAAUCCCCCUAGCCCCAGUACCUGGGGAAACCUACCAUACAAGCCAUAUUUAGAAUGAGGCUCCUUCCCUUGCAGGGUUUUAGCAAGAAACGAGAGUACAUUGCAACACAGGCUCCCAUGGUAAAAACCGCGGAAUGUUUCUAUCGGAUGAUUUUUAGUACGAAUUGUAACAUCAUUGUCAUGUUACUGGACGAUGAACAAUGGGAGAAGGUAUACUUCUUAUGUUAUCUUUAAACUAAAUUAACUUUAUUGUACCGAAUAGCUCUAUCAGUUCUAAGGGGCGGACCAUUAGAAAAGCAAUAAAAUUCGAGCAGGGAAAAUAGAAAGAAAAAAAUUCGUGCACCAGAAAUGUUUGAAAAAAAAAUUCGUGCAGAGACUUUUCAAUAGGGAAAAUUACCGGACCUAUCGGAGGUACAGUGUAAGGGUGUCCCCCAAAUUUGGAAAAUAAGCGUUUUAAUCUUGUUUUAAGAAGUUUUUUGGGGGGAAAUGUGUUUUAAACCUUAAUUAAACCGAUGUUAGUCCGAAAAAAUUUUUUUUGCCCCUUUUGUUUGUAAAAAAUUUUUUGAGUCCGGAAGAAAUUUUUCACUCCCCUCCCCUUUACAGGUCUGUUAAGGUCAUUCUUUGCAAGUCCAUGAUGUUACUGCAUGGGAAAACCUAAACUAAACUAACUUUAUUUGUACUGAAAAGCUCUGUCAGUUUUAAACUGUUCUCUUUAGAGGUCAAGUAAGGUCAUCCCUUGCAAGUCAGGUCUAAUGUUACUCAUGGGAAAAUCUAAACUAAAUUAACUUUAUUUGUACUGAAAAGCUCUGUCAGUUUUAAACUGUUCUCUUUAGAGGUCAAGUAAGGUCAUCCCUUGCAAGUCAGGUCUAGUGUUACUCAUGGGAAACCUAAACUAAAUUAACUUUAUUUGUACUGGAUAGCUCCAUCAGUUCUAAACUGUUCUCUUUACAGGUCUAUUAAGGUCAUUCUUUGCAAUUCCAUGAUGUUACUACAUGAGAAAACCUAAACUAAAUUAACUUUAUUUGUACUGGAUAGCUCCAUCAGUUCUAAACUGUUCUCCCUAGAGGUCCAGUAAGUCCUCUUAUUGAUCCAGAUGUUACUACAUGAGAAAACCUAAACUAAAUUAACUUUAUUUAUACUGGAUAGCUCCAUCAGUUCUAAACUGUUCUCUUUACAGGUCUAUUAAGGUCAUUCUUUGCAAUUCCAUGAUGUUACUACAUGAGAAAACCUAAACUAAAUUAACUUUAUUUAUACUGGAUAGCUCCAUCAGUUCUAAACUGUUCUCUUUACAGGUCUAUUAAGGUCAUUCUUUGCAAUUCCAUGAUGUUACUACAUGAGAAAACCUAAACUAAAUUAACUUUAUUUAUACUGGAUAGCUCUAUCAGUUCUAAACUCCCAUGCAAGAGGUGUCACAGUAAGGGCCACCCCGUGGAUAUUUUUAUCAGUUCUUAACUGUUCUUCGUAGAAGUCCAGUAAGAGCCAUCAUUUGUUGAUCCAGUGUUAUAUACAGGAGGAAAGUGGAGUUCCUGGAGAAAAUCUGCCGUGUUUGGUAGAGUCAAACUGGAAGCAUUAUUCUCACUUGUAACUGAGGUGAAAUUAUAAUCAGACAAUGGCAUAUUGUGGGAAUGAAACCCUGAUUAAAGACAUGAGAAGGACAUGCACUAACCUGUUUACUUAAAGGCACAGUUCAGCCUGUUGAACGAUGGUUUUUAAGGCGCAUUUCAGCCCUUAUAAUUGAAAAAACUAACUAGGAAAAUCAAUUAAGCAUAAUUCAAGAUCACCAAACUUAAUGUUUUUAACAUUUGAAAACAUUUAUAUUGUUAAAAACAUCGAGUUUACUGAUUUUGAAUUAUGCUUAAUUGAUUUUCCUAGUUAGUUUUUUCAAUGAAAAGGGCUACCAUCGUUCAAAAGGCUGAACUGUGCCUUUAACACUAAGUAAAUGUCUAACAUGUAAUGGUAAUAUUUUCUUCCCAGGACGAUUAUGCUGACCUCCCCACAGAAGAUGAAGCUGUGACAUGUGGAAGAUUUGAAAUACAUUUGGAAUCACAGGAUGUUUCGGACAAAGUCACCGUUCGUAAAUUGAGGCUAUUUUCGUCCGUGAGUAUGGCUCGCUUCAAAUUUUUUUUAGCCCUUGGAAGACAUUUCCUUAAGAUAAUUAGUUCGACAUUAUUGUUGUGAAUUGGUAAUAAAUGUGAGAAAGUUUCUUGAAAAAAUUGUAGGAAACAAGUGAUGGUCACACUGUAACACACUACCAUUACCGUGACUGGCCACCAGAUGGCUUUCCCAAAGAUAAAACUUCACUGGUUAAUUUCAUUGAGCAAGUGAGGGAACACAAAAUGGCAGAAAGUUCUGAUCAUCCUAUAACAGUUCAUUGCGAGUAAGUGAAUUUGUUAGCAUUUAUAUUGGGCGGUUUCCUUUCCUUAUUCAAUUGAUCCUAUACGAUCAAGUCUCAAACAUGGGGUCCAAUGUCAACCUCGUAGCCAGGGCUAUAUUUCACUUGGGGUCCAGUGUAGAUAGUGUUGUAUAAACGUAUAAACAGGCGUCUUGGAGAGGUCAUCAUCUACCUAUACUGUCCAGCCUCGUGGUUGGUUGAUUAUAACAAUGAAAGACAAUAAAACUAUAGAAAUCGUCUUUCUAAAGAAUGAGUCACGAACAAUGAUCACUUUGGUUCUGAAAGCCAGUCACAAAACAUGAGCAUUUUAGGUAGGUCUUUACCCGUCUUGGAAGAAACCGUUCUGAAUUGAUAAUAUAAAGUUAGUAAUUUGGUUCUGGUUUUCUCCUGUAAUAAAACAGGGGAAAUUAGGGAUAGUCCGUCCUUGACCUCUACAGAGAACAGUUUAGAAUUGAUAAAGCUAUCCGCUAUAUGAAUAAAGUUAGUAAAUAUUUUCUAAAAAUAUGAACAAAAUUUUUAUCAUUCCGACCUAGUCACGGUGUUGGUCCGACAGGAGUGUUUUGUUUAGUCAGUUCCUUGUACGAUCAAGUUGAGCGAGAGAAAUACGCAGAUGUUUUCCAGGCAGCCAAGUUAAUCCGUGGUCAACGACCUAAACUCAUUGAAACUGAGGUAAGAAUCCUUUUAAACACCUUGUUUGUGAGUCUGAUUGCUUAUAGUGAUCUUUGUAUGUCGAGAUUUUGGGGCAUCUCUUGCUCGAUAGAAUAAACUUGUAGAAGAUUAUAUACAAUCUGCGGCCCUGCGAUUCCGGUGCAGUGCUUUAACCAACUGAGCUACAGAGAAGAACCUCAGUCAUUCGGCCUAAUGUUUUGAUUUAUUUGUGACGUUAUUGCAAAUGACAUAUUGGAUGGAAAUUGGUAUUUUUCUUUUCAUAGGAGCAGUAUUCAUUUUGCUACGAUGUUGUGGAUCAGGUCGUCGCCAGAAAACUUAUCUCCAUGACAACCGAUUCAGACAGUGAUGAAUCUAAUUCGCCUGGAACUAUGGGUAGCAAGAACUCUGACAGUGAGCCCGAUAUUACAAGGAAUCAUACACCAGGAAUGAAUGGUUCUGUUGUUGUGGACACGAGUACCUUAAAUGCGGGCAGACACAGUCCGAAUGUAAGUAGCCUGAGUGCAGGCAAUGCAAGCCCGAAAUUAGGGAAUGGCAGCCCGAUUGCAGGCAAGGCGAGGCCAAGUGCAGACAGUAGUCCUGUACAAAUAAGAAAGAAUAGCAGUGCAGGCAACGAGAGCCCGAUUGCAGGCCAGGACAACCCGAUGGCAGACAGAGACAGCCCGAUUACGGAGAACCCGAUCCCCAACAGGGACAGUGAAAGUGCUAUUUCAGCCACAGGGGACCCAGACGCUAACAGUCCAGACGUGUCAGACUGUGAACAGCCAAAUACAACAAGUAGUCGGCAAGCAUUGCUUGCAUCCUCCGAAUCCUCUGGCUAG